AUGACAAUGCCCGUUGGCGUGUUGCUCUCCCGCCCCGACGCUGUGAUGGUUGCAAACGAGCUGCGUGUGAUGAUGAUGGAUGAUGAUGAUGAUGAUGAUGAUGCUGAUGAUGAUGAUGAUGAUGAUGAUGAUGAUGAUGAUGAUGAUGAUGAUGAUGAUGAUGAUGAUGAUGAUGAUGAUGAUGAUGAUGAUGAUGAUGAUGAUGAUGAUGAUGAUGAUGAUGAUGAUGAUGAUGAUGAUGAUGAUGAUGAUGAUGAUGAUGAUGAUGAUGAUGAUGAUGAUGAUGAUGAUGAUGAUGAUGAUGAUGAUGAUGAUGAUGAUGAUAAACAGGGACCUCAGCCCCUUUGUCCACCUGCUCUUGUGCACGACGAUGGUGGGGUUGUCUAA